AUGCGGCCACCGCGCGGAGGAGGAUUUAGGGGGAGGGGUGGCGGAGGAUUCGGCGGGCGCGGCGGGGGAUUUGGCGGAAGAGGCGGCGGGCGAGGCGGCUUUCAACGGGAUGAGGGGCCGCCGUCCCACGUCGUGGAGGUGUCGACGUUCAUGCACGCGUGCGAGGGCGAGGCGGUGACGCGGCUGACGGUGAGCGAGAAGGUGCCGUACUUCAACGCGCCCAUCUACCUCGAGAACAAGACGCAGAUCGGCAAGGUCGAGGAGAUCUUCGGCCCCAUCAAUGAACCGUAUUUUUCGAUAAAGAUGCAGGAGGGCGUGGUGGCGACGUCCUACUCGCCGGGGGACAAGUUCUUCAUCGACCCCAUGAAGCUGCUGCCGCUGCAGCGCUUCCUGCCGCAGCCCAAGUGA